ACUAUGGGGAGAUAUUUUUCUCCCCUCAAACCCCACGUAGCAGCCCUCCCCACAUUCCUCAUUCUUUUCCUCCCUUUUCUUCAUUUUCUUUCUUUCCUUUUUCUACCCUUGCAGCACGAUCUCUCCCCCUCUUCUCUUUUCUUCCAUUCUCUUUCCCCCGUUCUGUCGCCCAGUUCCACUUUCCCUUUCCUCUCUUCCCUUCCUCAUUUCUCCUCUCUUCCAUCACACCCGCACAACCCGAGUGAGACCCAGCAUGAGAGAUCAUCGCCGAGAGUAAGAGAGACCCGAUCCUUCCGGACUAGACGACGCCGGCGGAGCUGUGGGCGUGAUUUCCAGUGGUUGACGCCGGUGAAGCGAAUAGGAGCCGAUUUCCGGUGAUUUUGGGAUUAUUUCCGGCGUCCGGGCAGAGGAUCAUUCCUUGAUGAUUUUCCGGAUCAUGUCCGGAUUGGAGACAUUAAUUGGUUCUCUAAUGUAGAGUUCGAGUAAUUAGAAUUCAGUGGAGUUCAAGUCAAGAGUCUGAUGUAGCCAAGGUGAGUAUUCUACUCACUGAGAAAUUAUAUUUUGACUUCUUCUAGGGCCCUGAGGCGCGUCACGCUCGGGCUGUGAGGGAUGGAGAGAAGAUUUCUGGUGGAGGCAAAAGCGUUUGUCUUCUCGGUUAUUGAAGGGGCGUCAGUGCUAAGGGUGGAAGAAAAUCGGAAAUUUUAUUCCGGUGCGGUACUCCUUAGCAACCAGUGCAUAGAUUGGCUGGUUUCGUCUAUGGAGGUGCUGAGGGGUGGUAAUGGGAUGACCGAUUCUGUCAAAUCUUUCAGGGAGGGGGCGAAGGUGACGAUAGUCCGCACUGGAGGUAACAUUAAUGGCAGGUUUAUGGAGGUAGCGGUGUAUGGGGUGGGCGUCCAGAGAGGGUUCCUUCGCAUUCCUGAGGGGCGGGGUGGAUGGGGUUGGCUCAAGUUUAUCACUGAGCUGCGUAAGGCUUUAGAAGUGGUUGGUACUGCGAUAGGAUGCGGGCUCGGUGGUUUCUCGCUGGAUGAGAAGUCAAGGGGGAAGGAGGUGGGGGUUCGGUUCGUAAAGGCUGCGGGACCUCUGUCUUUCGCGGAGGCGGUUCGCUCGACGCCAACCAUCUCGGCCUCUGGUGGCCGGUAUCUGGUCGCGCAGGAGGAGGCGGCCUGGUGCGAGGAGCAGUUCCCGUUAAAGGACCGGUACUGCGCAAUUGUCCGGCAGGCGGUGGACUGUUACGCCUGGGAGAAAAGCCUUUCGGUUCCGGCGGGCAAAGACCUCAGUGGCGAUGGCUUCAACGUUCGAAAAGUCAGAAAGUGCAGCAUAAGGGACAGCGAUGUCAGAGUCUGCAGAAAGAUUCUUGAACAGGUUGGAGUUUGGCUGGAUGGGGUGAGUGGGUCUAACGUGGGCUGGAGAAGGAGCUCCUCUGUUGGGCUGAAAAUGGGCCGGUGCAGGAUAUCCUCAGCUGUACUUGGUAGGCCAUGCUGUAAGGAUGGUCCUAAGAAGUUGGGCUCUAAGCCCAACCCCAAGAAGGCUAAGAGGGUUUUCCCGGAUCAGGUUUGUGGUCUCGACGAAGCGAGGUUGGACUAUGGAAUUUCGGGAUUGGGCUCUUCGGCGCCGGAAGCUGUGGAUGGGUCGAGUUCUACCGUUCGGGGGUUAAAGUUAGGCUCGUCGUUGAUGGGGGGCUCAUCCCCGGGGGAGACUCCGGCUUUAUCCGCUCAUCCGGAUUUGGCCAGGCAAGAUGGGUCUAGGUCGGAGAAGAUGACGAUUGGCAUGGUUGGAGGGCUGUCGGAUAUUGGAGAACUUCCCAGCGUGUGCACGGCUGUGAUUGAAGAGAUCUCAGUGUGUGCGGCGAAGCCCAACAUGCGUUUAGAAGGGUCUGUGUGUGGCUUAACCCCGGGUAUGCUUGGGGGACCGGAGUCGGGCCCUAAAGGAUUUGAGUUUCCCUCUUUGGGGGCGGAUGCGUUGGGAGAGAGGAUUCGUUUGCGUCUUCCAGUGAUGGCGGACAGUGGGGCUCCCAUUUACCCGUCCGAAACAAAAUCGGUCAUGAGGUAUCAGCGGAAAUCGAAGACCAAAGCGAGCAAGCUGGAUAUUUCCCUGAUUGAUGAGGCAGUGACAGCUUUGAGUUCGCCGAUGACACAGUGUUCGGGUACUUCCCAGGCUUUGGACGGGUCUGUGGUUCAGAAUUUGCCGAUGCCAAGUGGGGGAGUGGGUCUUCGACGCGGGUUCCUCCUCCCGAGAGUUCCCUCCCCUUUGAGCGAAUGCAAAUCGAAGAACGGUGACAAGGGUGAGAACCCCAUCUCGGAUGGUUUGAUUCAAUCUCAGGAGUGGCCGGUAGGGUUUAGCCCUUCUGGGGAGAUUGUUUUGUGGGAUCAGGGAGAGAAAGAUGACUCUCCUCACACCUUGGACGUAAUUCCUCCCGACUUACUCUUGGAGUGGGAGUCCGAUGGUGCUGAGGAUGAAGAUUCGGCCCUGGCUUUGUUGGAUGCCAUUGAGGAAGAUUUUCAUCGGGAUAGUAUGGGGAAGCGGCAUAAGAUCAAAGGGAGGAGAGAACUGCAGAAUCUGAAGAGCUCCAUAAACUACGACGGUGCGAGUGUGCGUUCCUGGAGAAGGAGAGGAAAGGCUCAGGUUCUGUAGUCUGUGGGUCGGGUGUGGGGUACGGGGGUCGUGUCUUAGGGUGUUGGGUUAUGAGGGUUCUUGGUUGGGCUUGUUGUGUGUUCUUUGUGGGUUUGGGUUGGGGUGUUUUUGUUCUUGUAAGCUCUGGCUCUCGUGGGGUGGUGUUGGUGGGGUCCUUCUUUCUUUUUUUGGGCUGUUUUUUUAUUUCUAGCAUUGCGUUUUCUCUUGUAUACUGCCGGUGUACUAAGGGGCGCCUGACGCUUUUAAUAAAGUCAGUUUAUUACUUAUCAAAAAAAAAAUGUAUUAUGGAUUUGUAAAAUGUAUAUUGUUUUAUGAAUUUGAAUCAACCAUAUGAUGAAAUAUAAGUUUUGGAUAAUUUGAUUAGUUUGAUUAUGAAUCAGGUAUUUUGUGCCUAUCAAUAAGAAGUUGACACGCCAGCCUCGAACAAUAAAACCAAAUAGAAUCAAAACACGGGAUCUAGAUUUGCCUUCUUCAUGUUUACCUCUGCUACGGAAAAAAAAAAAAAAAAAUCCCUUUCUCUCUGAUUUUGUUCCCAUUCACCGUCGAAUCACGUCUGAUUCUCAGAACCAACGCCGAGGUCCUCUUUCUCUCUGCUCCACCACAAAAUGCUGAUGAAUAUAUACUGCAACACUUAUGCAGAAAACACUUAUUUACCAAUAUUUUUGAUAACUCAAAAACUUCAUUUGGUGAUCAUCUUCUGCAACUUGAACUUAAAAUUUCUAGAACAUAACAAUUUGCUCAUUUGCAUUACAUCAAACAUUUAUUUAUUUAUUUAUUUUUCCAGCAAGACAAAAGCUACAGCCACGUAGAAUGGGUUUACAGAAAUGAAAUAAGAAUCCUCUAAACCCGAACCACCCACAUCCCCUUAAAACAAAAAACUAAAAAAGAAAAAAGUAUGCCUUCAUUUGAUAGGCGGAAAAGGAGGAAAAGGUGGGGAUCAUUGCUAAAUGUCUUCUUGAAGCUACAUAGAAUCAGUCAUGAUAGGCAGGGGAGAGAAAAUUCGGUUAUAUACCAUCCCAGCAAUUUCUGUUUGGAGAGUGAGAAAGGGAAAGUGAGGGAAAAUUAGAUAAAAUUGGCAAUACAAUUGUGAGAGAGAAAGGGACUGAGAUUGCGACGCUUACUAGUGGAGGAGCAAUGACUUAACUGUCAGAGCAAUGGCGUCGUUGACGUUGGGGUUUGGCCUAAGCAUUGAAGGUGUGGUCCGGCCCGGGUGGUGGUGGUAGCGUCCGGCCUGGGCGUGGGGGGGAGCAGAAUUGGGGCAAUGGGGUUGCAAUGGGGCAGUUCGGUGGUCUCUUUUCUCUCAAGAUAUCUGAUCGUGGGGAGAGUUUUUUACUGUUUUUUAGAAGGUAAAUGGGAAGUUGUCUAAGAGGCUCUAGUGUUUCAGCAACAUUUGAUUUUGUUGUUUUUAACUGAUGUGUCAACUUAUUAUUGGUGGUCGGGCAUAAAACCCUUGUUUUAUGCCAUGACCACACAGAAGUUGCUCUCCAAAACAAAAGAAUAGUUUAGUAGUGAUUGUAAUCCAUGUCUUUCUUUAAACCUCCGUAGGGCAGAUAUUCGAAUGCAAUAGAUUGUAAUCCAUAUUAAGAUUUAUUUGGAAUGAAGAUGUAUAAUUAAGUCAAUUACUACUCUAAAGCCCAUCUUUAUAUUUGGAUCUAAUUGCUGGUAUAUUUAGCAAUUGUAAAGCUUUGCGUUUAUAUUUGGCUUGAUAUUGUGAUAUCCCAGCUCAUAAUUGCCCAAUAAGAGUAAUAAUAAAGAACUUAAGUAAGUUGGUUAUUUGGGAUCGAUUUAUGGAAAGGAUUUUAUUUUGAGCCAAAAAAAAAUGCCUACUGCUUGAGGAUUUUAAGGUAUCAAACAAUUAUGGGUUGCAGCAAUUUUUGGAUACGUUGUAAGCCUUUGAACAAGACAAAUUUUAUGUCAUUUGGAAUUAAGUUGAAGUAUUUAUGAUUUUUUUAAGUCAAACAUAUUUUGUCCAAUGUGCAUUAAAUGAAUAGGGCAAUUAGCCGUAGAUGUAUCAAGAAGAGAAUCAUGGUUUAUGUGCCAAAAAAAUAAUUGAAGUAAGAAGACAAAGAAACACAUCAAGAGAGAUGUGAAGUCAAGAGGCUUAAGUUUGUUAGGCUAAUUUUGGUAUUAGUUUUGGUGAAAGUUUUGAUUAUCUUGUUUUCACCAUUUAACCGUAAUUAGAACAGUGGAGAAAUUGGACUUCAACUUAAUGGGGAAGAAUAACCGAUUAAUUUGGACAACUAUUUGAGGUGUGAGUCUCUAAGUUGUUGUAUUGGUGGUUAACAAAAUGGGUUUGGAAUUGGAAUUGGAGAAAUUGGAAGUAGGAUCUAUGGACCCAUAGACUGUAUGUCACAAAUUUUUUAUUAAAAUUUUUAGUAUGGUUUAUUUGAUGGAUAUAAUUUACUUUAUGCACAAUUUGCGUUAGAAAGUAACCUUAACAGUAUUUUGUUAUCAGAUUAUCAAAUAUGUGAUAAGAGAAGUAGUCUUGAUAGUAAAUUAAUAAAACUAAUCUUAUUGUUCGGUGAUAUUAGUUAAACAUAUGUGUUGAGUUAAAUGACUAAGUUAGCUUAUAUGAGGUUGAGGUUAAUGUUUUAUAUGAUUUUAUAUGGACAUAUUUAUUUACUUAGGGACAAAGGUUUCCUCUGAACUAGAUUGGUGGAAUUUAUUCCAAUCACAUAAAUUUUAUAUGGACAUAAUUCAUGGCAUUACAAUUGUCAUACACAACAAAAGUUUCACCAAUCGCAUGAUACUCACCCUAGAAACAAACACUUCCCAAUUGAGUAUCUCGUCCUGAUCAAAUCAUAUAAAUUUCUUGGUUCCUUAGUUGCCAUAAUGAAAGUGAUUGUAAAGGCUUGGCUAUUGACUUUUUCCAAGAAAGAAAUUAUUGAGACACGCAUUUCAUUGUAGGCCGAGACUUUGGUUUUUCAUUUAGGCAUGCAAAUGGUAGGGGGGGAGCAUUUACAAGAGAGAGAGAGAGAGAGAGAGAGAGAGAGAGAGAGAGAGAGAGAGAAUAUGGAAGAAGCAUUUACUUGAGGUUGAUUGUUUCAACCUAAAACUCCUUUGGAUUUUUUUUUUUUGGAUGUUGUGGGAAAAAAGAUUUCGGCCAAUAGACAACGAAUUGUAGUCAAAGGUAGUGGAGAGGGACCGUGGAGGCUAAGAGGGCAACCCAAAAAGAGAAUGUAGAACCGGCACUCCAAGAGCGAAUGUGAUCUUUAU